AUGCCAGGAGCAAGCAGGACUACGCCACCGGUGGCAGUUGAUGGAGCAGCGGCUGAUAUACUAGACCGUUUUGUUGAGCAGGAAGAUUUGGCAGAAUUAAUCGAGAGCAUCGAAAGAAAUUUGCCGUAUGAGCUUUUCGAUGAUUGUUCGACUAAUGCAGAUGAAAUCCUCAAUGCAGAUCCAGCCUGCUCAGUUGAACCGGCUUCUCCUGAAACACAGCUGAAUGCGCCACCAGAGGUUGCAUUGCAUUAUUUAAACAUAAUUUUCUCGAGCUGGCUGCCACUUUUCCUCAAAUGGAGCCAGCGAUAA